AUGCAGACGGAAAUUGAUGUACUGGAGCAGUACAGUAAUCCGCAGGACAGAAAGAAAUAUACGUUCCCUCAAGCAGAAACGGAUCGUUUCCGGUUGGCCAGUGCUGAUGCAAGAAAUCCAAACGGCAGCCGUUCAGAUAUAGAUCAGGCAGCUGCAAAUUGUUUCUAUGGUGAAACCCACACAAAUCAAUUAUUUGGAAUUCAUAGUAAGAAAGUACCAUCACACCUCGAAAAUGAGAAAGAAGUCAUCCUAAAUAAUGGCGUGGUAUAUUCCAAUGAUACGACGCCAGUAAAUUCCAUCGAAUUCCGCCACAUUCAAAAAGGAGGGCCAGUACACUGCAAUGGACACGCCGCUCGUCAUCCUUCACCGUAUUAUUACGGUGAUCUGUACAAAGUUACGAAGAAGCUCUCUAAAUUUCAACCGCCCAAAUAUAGAAAGAGCGUAAACCUUGAUGUGUCAGCAGAACGAGCACAAAUUCCGAAACUGUCAAAAAGGAAUUCAAUAGCGGGUGAUCACAUAUCUCCCCCCACCCUAUUCGGAAAUCAGGAUCCAGUAACACCUGCGGGAAGUGGAUAUGUACCAUCAGUCCGCAGCACUGAAAUAAUUUCAUCGUGCAUUAUUACGGAGUGGGACGAAACCCUUAUGCCUCCGCGUCGUUUACUAAGCCAUGAUUUACCUACCAUUGCUUGUAAAUAUAUUCCAUUUGCAAAGGUUAAAAAUGAAGUAGGUGUAGUGCGAGGAACAGUACGACGUCUUUCGAAAUUACGAACGACGCGAAGAAUUGGAUUAAAACAGCCGCUGGAGUGCGAGGCAGAAGCUGAUCGUGCAGGCAACGAGGCGGAUAUUGAAGAGGAGGUGGUUGGCGAAGGCGACAAUAUUGCCGAUGAAAAAAUGGCACGGCAACGACAUGUCUAUGAGACAGCUUUCGACUGUAAGGUCGAACGAUCGGAAGACAAUUCAGACGACGUAUAUCGGGUCACGAAUUCAAAUUCGAAGGACAUAAACCGGCCAUGUGCCGUGGCACAAAUUACUGAACGAUCGACUAAGCAUGAAUCUGAAAGAAAAGUACAGUUACGAUCCCAACCGCUAUUUAUUCAAAUGGAGUCACAUUCAUCAGUAGAUAUGUCAAGUCUUUCCCAAGGCAUUGAAUCCCUCCAAAUAAAAUGCUCUGAUGAAAAAAUACGUUUAGGUAGAACAGUUACUUGCGAAUACAGUCCAUCUGCACUAUCGAAUAAUUUCCUAGCUGCCAAGUUCCAUGAUACUAAGGAUCAUAUUCGCUCGAAUAUUAGGAAGGCACCUAAUAUACAUCUUCAGUCGGAUUCUCUUAAACUGAAACACAUCGGCUCAACUAGGAAGUCAUGGAAAAUGAAACAAUCAAAGCAAAUCAAUGAUGGUAUAUUUCAGAACAAAAAUGAAGCUAGGAGUUCUGUUUACGAAAUCACUGAUUCACGAUUACGGGGAGAGAAUCGUGAAAACAUCGUCGGAUUUGGAAGUAGGCCAAGACAGGAAAGACAUUGUUCUCACUAUUUUGUACCAAAUUGGAAGACUAUGGUGAAUUUCAAAGGAAGAGCACAUAAGAUUAAGGAAAAUUCUUCAAAGUCGGCAAAAGAACCGAAAUCGAUGCAAUUUAAGCUACAUUCAACGAGACGUCGGCUUGAUUCUUCCAGCAUGGAGAGUAUGGCAACAAGCAGUAGUGGAGGCAGCAUGGAGUCACUCCGCAGCAGCACUAGCGAAGACAACAGAUCGACGAGCAGUUCUGAAAGCCGGCACAGUAUUAGUUUGAGUUCUCACAGUUCUGAUAGUGGUAGUACCAAUUGGUUCUAUCAGCAUCGUUAUCAUCCACAAACAUCAUUAUCUAACUUCCUCGCCUAUCAUGACAGUAAACUGCAUAUUCUCUCACCUAUCUCUGAUAAAUCGUCCCAGGAGCCUGCUUCCGAAAACUCCGACAGUAAUCGUAACUGUAAUUCCCAGCAAGCUUCUCCCGAGAAAACAAUGGGUAAUAGCACCGCAAGUAGUACGGCAAAUGUGAGCAGUUUCAAGGUAAUACCGCCAAUAAAUACAUCAUUUAACAAGGGUCGUCUAUUGCCAAAUAAACAUCUAAUCAGCUUAGCUCUUCAGUCUUCAUCUUCCGGAGACGCCGAAAUUCAGGGUUCAGAUAGUGGAAUUUCCAUUGAGUCACAGGGGGCAUUCGUGAGCCAGCCCGUUGGCGUCCGUUCGGCCAUACCACAAAUGGGCAAGAUCAACUCAAUGAGUACCGACCCUGAUCUCUCUGAUUUGCCAUUUGAUAUGCCAAAAUUAAGGCGAAGACGUCUUCUUAUCGAGCAAGACGCAACGACUUCAGGUAGUGCUACCAGUGUUGAUUUUAGAGACCUUCCAUUUGAUAUGCCAAAAUUGAGGAGAAGAUUGAGAAGCACUCAGACCACCGAUUCCAGUGCAUCACGAGCUUCGUCUAGUCUUUCCAUAAGAGAUACUGAAACCCCGGUUGUUUUUGUCAAUCAGCAGAAGCAGAAUUCUUGCGAAUUAUGGUAAUUAUAAGUAGGUUGAAGAGGAAGGUCUAGACGAACUAUUCAAACAAUUGGGCCAGUAAGGAACCCCUAGCGACGUUGAAUUCAGUUUACAGCCCCGCAAGGCGAAAGAAAAUUUUCGUCUGUCACCCAAUCUCGCCGUUGCUUUGGAUCGAGCUAAAGCCGGCGAUCGUAUGGCUGCAUGAGUAAGAGCUGCUCUCAUAACACUCGAAAUAUCUCUAAUGUUCAUUUGAGCCGACAAGCUCUCCGUCGAAACCGACUGAUUCACCGUGAGACCCUUAGUCACAUAUUCAAAAGUAAUGUCAAAAAAGGUGUUCGAGGUUUACCACUGUCCAUUAGGAUGGAAAACAAUUACGGUCGAUAAAGACCAAAUUCGAAACAAUGGAUCGACUCCCUGUUCUGAUAUCGAGUAUCGAAGGGUUUCAAUUACUCGGAAUUCCGAUGCUGAAACGAGCAAGUGUUGAAGAACAUGCAAAUCUUAUUUUCAAAUCACUUAAGGAGUGAGAAUCUGCUGACGAUAUCUGGGCCAUGGUAUCUGGUAUCACUACCAGCAAUAGGGGCAGUAAAAAUGGCCCAUAUGUCCUACUGGAGCAAUUGGUGGGAAAAAAUCUUUUGCAUCCGGCUUGCUGACGUCAUGUCAUAGAACUGCUAUUGAAAUCUGCUUUCGAAACUUCCAUAGCACCGACGUCUGGACCCGAUAUUACCAUUUUUGUACGAUUUUGAGGACAGUUGAAGAACAUUGAAAACGGCGAAUUUUCACCUAGAGUGCAAGAUUUACGAGCAGCAGUUAAAGAUUAAGUAAAGAAUGUACUUGCAUUUCCUUAUUGACUAUUGACAGUACGUUAUGAGGACACAUUCACAGUAUACACAAUUAUAAGGGAAUCAUUUUUCCACUUGAUUAAAAAAUAUAAUUGUGCUUUAUUUGUUUUAUCUCUUCAUAGACUGACAUCAGGAAAGAUUUCACAGAGUUUCGGGAACUGGUUGUGAUGAUCUUGGGGGGAAAUCUUCCGAAUAGCAACCGGUUCCCAGCUUCGGAUCCAUCCACCUUGCUAGAUAGAUGGCGAAAGCAACUUAAUCACCAAAAUUCUUCCCAUUUAAAAAUCCAUUCCAUAUGACAUCUUAUUAGACAGCACUUUUGAAGAAUAUUUGCAUGUUCAUCGUCCUUCUAUACCAGAAAAGAUGGCUCACAUCAUCAAAUGCAAUAGAGGCUCCCAAAAAUGAUUUCAAUUUGUCGAAAAGAUUGACGACUAAUCAUAGUUAUGCAUUAUUACAAGUCUACAAUGCUGUACUUGAGAAGUUUGGGAACUAUCUCUGGGACUUAUCAGAAGAAUUGAUCGCUUUCUCCAUUUUUGAUCAGAACUUGAGUCUAGGGUGCAAAAGAAGAAUAUGUGAAGCUUUGAAAUCUUGUCCCGCACUGAAAAAUAAUCGAAAGAAAGGAAAAUGAGCAGUGGAGGAUCUAAAAUUCAUCCAAAAGUCUAAAUUGUCUAAAUUGUCUAAAUUUUAAAUUAAAGGCACCAUUUUUUGGAUGUCGAUCCUAUAAAGUGGAAAAAUAGUGAUGAUUAUAUUGAGUCUUUGAACAUUGUGAGAUAACUUCUUGGUACAAAUGAUGUCGCUAAAAGAAAUGUGGCUCUCAUGAACGAAUAUAAUGAUUUUGUGACAGGAGUUUCGAUUUUCCCUUCACGUCCCUGGAGGGUCCUAAUGGAGGGUGUUAUACUAAAUAAUUGUCGAUGUUUACGAUUUAAUUGAAUAGCGCGGGUUUGACGGCUGUUUCACCACCGAGUCAGCCGCCAAGGAGGUAGUCGACACUAGGGCUGCGCGCGUCUAAUUACCGACUAGUUGCUAUGCAACAGGUCGGAAAAAGGCCCAUCGACCCUCGACGUUGGACCUUAGAGUCGUAAGGAGUAGGAUAUUUUCUGAUUUAGCAUACGAGGCAAGCUAAAAUCCUCGAACUAUUGUCCCGACAAAAUAUAUCGUUACGUGUAUUGAAUGAUGUGAAAAUUAUAUUUUAUUGAGUGUCAUUGUCAAUUAUUAA